GGCAACAGUGUCAAUUUGAUUAUUGUCGGUUGAAGCCUUCUGCUCGGUCCUGACCCCCUCUUGCCGAUUGUGGGUCGCGUCAUUUUUCGUAUAACGUCGCCUGGGCUGUGCUUCACGCUUUUCGCCUGCUUAAUAUUUUUGUUGAAGUGUAAAUAACAGUGAACUUUUUAUAAAUUACUCCCCUUUGUAAGGAUUAUGGCUUCUUCUACUUCCAUCGAUGGGGAUACCUUUGGCAGUCUGAUUCUUAUCAGGAAAAAAGAUGGAUACCCAGUUCCAUUCGACCUAAGCCCUGGGCAGGUUACAUUUGGCGGAGGAGAUAAUGCAGAUAUCCGAUUAAAAAUUGCGGAUAAACGGUUGCGGGACAUGCAUUGUUUUAUUUAUAUAGAUGAAAAUGGAGUGGCCACACUAGUCAACAAAGCUGGUGAUGAUACGGUUAAAGUAAAUGACAGGCCAGUGAAAAAGAUGCAUGUGUUAAAUCAUCAAGAUGCGAUAGAUGUUCUUGGAAAGAUAUUCCUAUAUGAAAAUGAGAAUUUACGGUGUGAUGAAGUACAAACAGGAAAUGCUGUACCCGGUAUAUCUUCCAGAAAUACUAUACAUGUGUUGGCACAGAAAAAGAGCCCUACAAAGAGUCCUACUUUGAAAGUUAAGUCACCUGUACAGAGAAGACGUAGCAGCUUGAGGCACUCAUCCCAGAUGUCUGUGAUUGAACUUGAUUCACCAGAAAAAUCGUUAGAAGGCAAGAAGUCUCUAAACAGGUCGUCGCUAAACGGAACCCCAAGACAAGUCUACGCACCAGUCGUGGAAGAUGUGUCUCCCGCGACACCCCCGAAUUCGAAGGGUGAUGACGCGAUCAAAACGCCUCUCAAUACUCCUGGCCUAUUCGAAGAUCUUAGGAAGAGCGUUCUACAGUCUAGAACGAGGAGAUCCGGCAAGAAAGAAGAGCCUGCUGUUGAAGAAAGCGAGCAGAAUAUCAACAAUAAAAGGGGCAGGAAUUCUAGCAUAGCUUCUCAAAGCUCUGUGAAGAAAAGGAGGACGAUAACGUACUCAGUUGAAGACGCUUCUGAGGUUGAGAUAGUAGAAGAAAGUGUCGAGUCUUUCAACUCAACUGAAGAUUGGCCUGAAAUAUCUCAAGACCAAACAGACCAUGAGCAUAGGCUUUCUGAUCUGACAAUUGCUUCUUUUGCGAAUCAACCAUUCUCAAAGGUCUUGUCUGAACCGAGAGUAAGGCAAAUGAAGUCUGUACGACUAUCCAGGCACAAUAAAACUAUCGCUGUGGACAAUCUCGAUGGUCCGGAACCAAUCGUCAAAUGUAGUUUCCUCUUGGAGAACGGACUUCGAGAAGAUCUGUUAGACAAAUCUCCCAAACCUUCGACUAGCAAUUUCGUCAAGUCCACUACCUCGGCCUCAAGUCACUUCAUAAGGAACAAAUCAUUACUGAUCGGCUCACCAGCCUCGGCAAAAUUAAAAAGAUUGCAACAAUCUCCCAAAACGGUCAAAGGAUCUCCAAAACUGAAUGUUUCUGAAAAUCUUUCCAAAUUUGUCGGAUUGAAACAGCUGAUGCGUAGGCGCACAAGUCUUUCUUAUAUAUUCGGAAUAAAAAAUUUUAUGUCGGCUCAAAACAAGUCACCGAAGAAUGACACAAUCCAGGAUUCUAUGGAUGAAACAAUAGUAACUGAUUCUUCUAGAUCGAGUAGAACUCUAAAAUUGACUGAAAAUGCCAAGGCUAUAAAGUCUCCCAGACUAUCUACGAAUUUUACCAGGACUCCGCUAGAUGCUAUGAAGAGAUCGAUGUCUACGCCGAAAUCAAUGAAAAAACUUGAAUAUGAAAUUCUUGAUCUAAGCGCAGUAAAAACGCCUAGCAGUGAAUUACAAACACGUGCAUCCAAGACAUCUGUGACGGAAAAUGCUCAAAAUGAUUCUACAAGAACUAAUAAGGUUUUAGCAAGCUCAAUUCCAAAAGAAACUGUAGACGCCGAUAAGACCAAAAGAUUGUCUCGAGCAUCAAGCCGCUUUGAUUCGUCUGAAUAUGAAUUACUAGAUCUAUCGAAAACGGUUCGAGUAGAUCAAUCACGUAAGGGCUUGUUAAAUACUAGCGGAAAAAGAACACUAAAAAAUGUGUUCCUAAAUGGCAAUGGACCCAAGAACUCCAUUUUAUCACCUAGAGGAAUCAACUCUCUCCAAGUGAAGAAUGCAGUGGAGACUCUAAAGACGUAUGCAAGCCUCCCAGACUUGAACGCAGCUGCCACAAGAUCUACAGCUAAUACUUCCAAACGGUCACUGUCAACAUCUAAACAUCGGAACUCCGCUGAAACAUUCGAUGUAGAAAAAGAUAAAUCAGUCAUUGAUCAGUACGACGAUGACCUUCAAGAAGUCAGCAAAACCAGAAAAUCUUCGUCAACUUCUCAAGAAUUGGAUUCGCCUGACAUUGAGAUUAAAAAGAGAAGUUGGUCAUUGAGAAGCUCAAAAUCGAAUACUCGAGCAGGCGGUGACGAUUUAGAAAUCAAUAGAAGAUCCACGAGACGGUCAAGCGCAUGUCAGUAUCCAGCUGAUUUUAUUAGUAUUGAUCUGUCAGGAGUCAGUGGGUCUCUCAUAAGUCUCAAAACAUCAAGUAGUGAUCAGAGCCCUGAUGUAAUUAAAAUCUGUGAUCUAGGGGACAACUUAUUGGAAGCACCGAGUGCUUUCCGAUAUGAUGAAGGCACUGUUGAAGCAGAUGUAACAGAAUCAUUGUCUAGAAAACAAAGUGCUUCCAGAAAAUCUCUGAAAAAUAGUGAUUCCUUCCCACGUAAUGCAAGAAGAUCAAGUGUGGUAGCAGAUUAUGAGAUUCCCAAUCAUACUAGAACAAGAACAAGUUCACUAAGCCAAAAGUCUGCAUCUGAGACUAGUUUGAUAAAUAUAAAUGAUCCAAGAGUUUCCAUGUCAUUUUCAAGGAGGCUGACAAAAACACCAACUGCUGGUGUCAUAACACCUCUUUGUGAAUCUGGUGCUUGGGAAACCGUUCAAUCGAGGAAGUCAUCGCCUGACAUCAACCAACUUCAGAUGAGCUUAAUAAGAGUAUUAAAAACAGGCAGUGGAAAUGAUGAAAAGCUUGUUUCAGGUUCGAGAAGAUCAAUGGCAGAUUCAAGCAUACAGGAUCUUGAAGAUGGCAUAAGGAGUACGCGUGCUUCAAAAGCUUCGUUUUCUACAUCCAAACUUGAAACAAGUGUAUCAAGGACACCCAGUGAUUCAAAGAAACAUAUAUCUGUAUCUCAAACGGCUUCUCCUGUAUUUACAUCUGUUUCAGACGAGGACGUCGCAUUGGAACUCGAUCCAGAAAAAGGUGAACUUGAAAAGCUAACGAGUACACCCAAAACAGAAGAGUUUGAUGAAAUGAAUCUCACUUCAAAAUCGACAAGACAAUGUAGUAGGUUCAUUGAAGAAGUCCUGAAUAUCCCAUUGUCCAAAGCAUCUUCCGUUUCAACCAGAGAUUCUAACACGCCUAAAGCUCUAAAAUCUCCAAACAAUGACUUAACAGGCGUUCGUGAAGUGAAGAGAUUGCUCAAAACUCCAAAAUCUCCCGAGAAAAAUCUGCCGGACAUUCGUGGAGUAAAGAAACUGCUUCAAACUCCUCAAGUACAAAAAUCUCCCGAGAACGAUCUGUCGGACUUUCGUGGAGUAAAGAAACUGCUUCGAACUCCUAGAGUACAAAAAUCUCCCCAAAACGAUCUGUCGAACAUUCGUGGAGUGAAGAACCUACUUAAAACACCCAAAGUUUCAAAAUCUCCCGAGAACGAUUUGUCGGACGUUCGUGGAGUAAAGAAACUGCUUCAAACUCCUAAAGUACAAAAAUCUCCCAAGAACGAUCUGUCGAACAUUGGUGGAGUGAGGAAGUUACUCAAAACACCCAAACUCCCAAAAUCUCCCAAGAACGAUCUGUCGGACAUUCGUGGAGUGAAGAAGCUACUGAAAACACCCGAAGUUCCAAAAUCUCCCGAGAACGAUUUGUCGGACGUUCGUGGAGUAAAGAAACUGCUUCAAACUCCUAAAGUACAAAAAUCUCCCAAGAACGAUCUGUCGAACAUUGGUGGAGUGAAGAACUUACUCAAAACACCCAAAGUCCCAAAAUCCCCCAAAAACGAUCUGACCGACAUUCGUGGGGUAAAGAAACUGCUUCGAACGCCCAAAGUACGAAAAUCUCCCAAGAAUGAUCUUAGCAACAUCGUCCCGUUGAAAAUGUUAAUGUCUACUCCAAAACCGCUAAAAGAACAUAUUAACGAUUUAUCUAAUGUGUCUGGGGUUAAAGACCUGUUCAUUGAAAAACAAGAAGAACUAUUUGAUUCUCUGUUCAACAAGAAACCGGUAAGAAAGUACAGCGCCAGACUGUCUACAUCCAGAACUGAAGAGCAAUUGGGAGAUCAAGAUGACGUGGAUGUUUCUGACAAAAAUGAAAAGGUUGAGCAAUGGGUGAAUCAACAGGACUUUAAUGUCGAGGAUUCGGAAACCCUCAAUGAAGUUAGAAAAACUCCAAAAACUCAGAAAAACAACCCUGAGAAGGUUGGGGAAACUGUUGAUGUUAGUCUUCAGAAGACAAGACCUAAGAGAGGACAGAACAAAACCAAUGAAAAUGCUUGUUCAGCCGAUAUUCUACAAGAACCUGAACAGAAAACACGAGGUAAGAAGAGGAAAGUUGCAGAACCAGCCAAAGUAGAAGUCGAAAGUAUUAGCAACAAUAUUGAAGAUAAAGCAAUAAAGACUAGACGAAAUGAGAAAGCUGAAGUUGAAGUAACUGUCGAAAAAGACGCGACCAAAGACGUUCAAGAAGUUACCGCGAAACCAGUUGGCAGGCCAAGACGAAAUAAGAAAACCGAACUUGAAGAAACUGUCGAAAAAGAUAAAGCAAUAAAGACUAGACGAAAUGAGAAAACUGAAGUUGAAGUAACUGUCGAAAAAGACACGACCAAAGACGUUCAAGAAGUUGCCGCGAAACCAGUUGGCAGGCCAAGACGAAAUAAGAAAACCGAACUUGAAGAAACUGUCGAAAAAGACAGUGACAAAAACAUUCACGACAAAGCUGUGAAACCAGCUGGCAGGCUAAGGCGGAAUAAGAAAACCGAACUUGAAGAAACUGACGAAAAAGACAGUGACAAAAAUGUUCAAGACAAAGCUGUGAAACCAGCUGGCAGGCUAAGGCGGAAUAAGAAAACCGAUAUUGAAGAAACUGUCGAAAAAGACACUAGCAAAGACAUUGAAUGCAAUGCAGUAAAACCAGCUGGCAGGCGGAAUAAUAAAACAGUUGAAGAAAGCGUCGAGGAAGACAGUGAGAGAGACAUUCAAAACAAAGUAGUGAAGACAGCUAGCAGGCCAAGAAGAAACUUGAAAACCAAAAUUGAAAAAAGUGUUACUUCAGGCGCGAGCAAAACGAAUGUAGAUGAAUCAGUGAAACCAAUCAGCAGAUCCAAGCGAAAUGAGAAGGCUGAAAAUGGAGAAAGUAUUAAGAACAUUAACAAAAGGACCGAAUAUGAAACUGCCAGCAGAUCAGGAGAUAACAAAGAAAAGAAGAUCGAGAAAAAUGACUCUGAAGAUAAACCUAUGAGAAUUACAAGAGGUAAAAAAAAAGUUGUUAACCCUAGCCUUAACGACGAAACCACAAGCAGAAGACCGAAAAAAGAUCAAACUGUUGAAUCUGUGAAAGUUACUAAAGGUAGACAGAAAAGGCUACACUCAAUGAGGAAGAUGUUGAAGAAGAGAAAGAUCCUACCUAUUUUAGGAGACAUCUGUUCAUGGAGGUAGCUGAAUCAAAUGAAGCUACUACGCCUGUUCAGCACCGGCGAUUAAAAAAUAAGAAAGUAAAGGAGAUUGAAGAAGAAGAACCGAAAAGAUCAAGAAGGGCAAAAGGCGAUUACGAGAAAUACGGAGAGGAGUUUGUAUCGGAAAGUCCUUUAACCGCAAAACGACGACGCAAGAAAUAGAAAUAAGAUCUGACAUUAUUUUUAUUUGUUUUAAUGUAAAUAUGUCUUGCGUUUUUAUUCGUAUAGUUUAUUUUUUAUAAAUGCAAUGUUUUAAUAACGAAUUCCUUU